AUGGCUCGAUCACUUAUAUCAUCAUUAUCAAAAUUAAUAAAUAUUAUAAGAGUACAACAACAUUCAUUUUCAUUAACAUUUCCUCGGUAUGAUUCAAGUGUUUUGUCCAACAUUAAUGAUACUAAAAAAUAUGAUGUUAAAACGAGAUUUUUAGCAUUAUUAAUUACAAUGAGAGACAAUAUAUUAUUACCAAAAGAUACCAACAAAGUAAAAAAUUAUUUCAAUCAAUUAAUUCAUUCAUUAGAAUAUGUUCCAUCACAAAAUUUCGAAUCUAAAAAAAAUAUCGAUUUCGUACAUCUCAAUGAAAAUAUGAAUGCAAAUAUCGUUCUUGAGAAUUUACAUAACAUUAUUGAUGGUCUUCCAAUCAGAAAAGAUGAUAAACUGAAACUUAAUACAAUUGUUAAUAAUUUAAAGUUAUUAUUUUCACAUUGGGAAGAUGUAAUUAUUAAAUUAGAAUUAUCUGUUACACAUCUAGAAAAAUCAAAUCUCGAAUUAACAUCAUCAAAUUCUGAUUUAAAAUCAUCUGUUUCAGCUUUAGAAAAAUCAAAUAUUGAAUUAACAUCAUCACAUAUUGAUUUAAAAUCAUCAAAUUCUGAUUUAAAAUCAUCUGUUUCAGCUUUAGAAAAAUCAAAUCUUGAAUUAACAUCAUCAAAUUCUGAUUUAAAAUCAUCUGUUUCAGCUUUAGAAAAAUCAAAUAUUGUUUUAAAAUCAUCUGUUUCAGCUUUAGAAAAAUCAAAUAUUGAUUUAAAAUCAUCUGUUUCAGCUGUAGAAAAAUCAUAUCUCGAAUUAAUGUCAUACAAAUACAUGUCCUGUGUUAGUGAAUUAAUGAGAUGUACUGUUCGAUCGAUUAAAAAAGAAUUUAGAGAAAAAUUGAAAAUAGAAUAUAUAUCAGAAAAUUUUGAUACAACAACAUUUGACAGUUUACUUGAUGAUCCUGAACAUAAAGAAAUUAAAGAAAUUCUUAGUUUACAUGAUAAACAAAUUGAUUUAAUGUUAUCAAUAUUUGAUAAAGUAUGUUCAAAAUAUGGAUUUGGAAAUAAACAUCAAUUAGUUCGUUAUUUAUCUAUGGUAUCAGUACGAAAUGAACGAGAACAUGAUAUGAUAGAUGCUUAUAUUAAAUCAACACCUCGUGCUGAACACUCAUUUGAAAUGUAUUGUAAAAAACAAAAUAUUAUUCAAUAUUAUAAUGAAAAAGAUCAUGUUCUACUUGAAAACUUAUUCACAAUAUAUGCAACAGAACUGAUUAAAAAAUUACAGAAAGAAAAGUAA